GCGCACCGACCGGCCUCGAACGCCCCGGCGGGAGGUUUUUCUAUAUGAGUGGAGAAGACAGUUGCUGCAAGUGAAAGUGACAUAACAUUUCUCUAGGAUGUCUGAAGAUGAAGAAAAAGUGAAAUUACGCCGUCUUGAACCAGCUAUCCAGAAAUUCACCAAGAUAGUCAUCCCAACAGACCUGGAGAGGUUAAGAAAGCACCAAAUUAAUAUUGAGAAGUAUCAACGGUGCAGAAUCUGGGACAAGCUGCAUGAAGAGCAUAUCAAUGCGGGACGUACAGUUCAGCAACUGCGCUCCAAUAUCCGAGAAAUGGAGAAACUUUGCUUGAAAGUCCGAAAGGAUGACCUACUACUUCUGAAGAGAAUGAUAGAUCCUGUUAAAGAAGAAGCAUCAGCAGCAACAGCAGAAUUUCUCCAACUCCAUUUGGAAUCUGUCGAAGAACUUAAGAAACAACUUAAUGAUGAAGAAACCUUAUUACAUCCUCCUUUGACCAGAUCUCUGACUGUUGGUGGAGCAUUUCACAAUUCUGAAGAUGAAGCUAGUUCUCAGAGUUUGACUCAGAUAUACGCAUUACCUGAAAUUCCUCGAGAUCAAAAUGCUGCAGAAUCAUGGGAAACUUUAGAAGCGGACUUAAUUGAACUUAGUCAACUGGUUACUGAUUUCUCUCUCCUAGUGAAUUCUCAGCAGGAGAAGAUUGACAGCAUUGCAGACCAUGUCAACAGUGCUGCUGUGAAUGUUGAAGAGGGAACCAAAAACUUGGGGAAGGCUGCAAAAUACAAGCUGGCAGCUCUGCCCGUGGCAGGUGCACUCAUCGGAGGAGUGGUGGGGGGUCCGAUUGGCCUCCUUGCAGGCUUCAAAGUGGCAGGAAUUGCAGCUGCACUUGGUGGUGGGGUGUUGGGCUUCACAGGUGGAAAAUUGAUACAAAGAAGAAAACAGAAAAUGAUGGAGAAGCUCACUUCCAGCUGUCCAGAUCUUCCCAGCCAAAGUGACAAAAAAUGCAGCUAAAAACUCAAUUUCAGUAUUAUUGGUGCCAACGUAUCUAUCCUAACAAGCACCUUGCUGCUGUUGGACACACAGCUUUGGAAAUCAUGUAUCAAGACAGUGGCUCUAGAUGCCCAAGUGGAAUUGAACCGUAUUAAGUGGUUGUAUUUUGUUUGCUGGGUGUUGUUGAUGUUAGAGAUCAAGGAGCCUGGCUCAGAGUGGGUAAUGUCAGGUCAAGUUUAAAGAUGGCCGAGGUACAAAUUUUCUGCCUAGAAAUGUGAAAACUGAAUCUGUAACGCUGACAAGAACUUAAGAUGUAUAGAAAUGAACUGCAGAUCUUAA